CAUAAGUGAACACGCCCACCCCCAUGUUAAGCCCACACAAACCUUUCUCCGUGUGUGCACUGAACAACACCGCGGCUGUUCUUUAAAGUUUACUUCUUUAGUUUGAGGAUCUCUUUGCUGGAGCCAUGUGGACAACUGCGCUGGGUCUUACUGUCCUACCACAUGUUGGUGGAAUCUGUGGAGCAUUUAUCACAAGAAGAGAGACGACAACGUGGUAUGCUUCACUUAACAAACCUUCAUGGAGGCCACCCAACCGUGCUUUUGGAGUGGUAUGGACAGCUUUAUACACUGGCAUGGGGUAUGGGUCAUACCUGGUGUAUAAAGAGCUUGGAGGCUUCACAGAAGAUGCUGUGGUCCCACUGGGACUGUAUGGUUUGCAGCUGGCACUGAACUGGGCCUGGACCCCUAUCUUUUUUGGGGCACACAAGAUCAAACUGGCACUCAUUGAGCUUGUUGUGCUGACUGGGACAGUGGCCACCACCAUGGUGUCCUGGUACCCAGUGAACCGCACUGCCACUCUCCUCCUGACUCCAUACCUGGCCUGGCUCUGCUUGGCCACCUCCCUCAACUACUGUAUCUGGAGAGACAACCCAGAGACCAAAAAAGACGAGAAGAAAAGUACUUAACAUGCACUAGUUGGCUUGCUCAUUGGGGAUAGACUAGGGAUAAAAUGAGCUCAUGUUUAAAGUCACUAAAAUUCUGUAAAGAUGCUUUGUGACAAUGUUUAUUGUUAAAAGUGCUAUUAAAAGUAAACUUCAAACAAA